UUUCCCCACCAAUCAUGGUUUCCUUCUCCCUCUGCUUCUUCAACAUUCCGUCCUCUGAAUCCGCGUAGCGAAAGAAGUAUCACUUUUUUGAAGAGUAGGAGGAUGACUAUUGAUUGCAUCGGUGUCGCCUUCUCCAGCUGUAAUCCCGCUUUCUUCCAGCGUCUCGCAGCAAAUCGUCGGGAGACGUGGUGAGCUGUUUUUGAUUCGAUUUGGUGGUGCUUUUUGUCGUCGUGCCGUUCUUAUUGCUGGAGAGGCGGAGCAGCGGCAGCUCGUCCUCAAGCUGUAACUGAUGGGGGGUUAAGUGUGCACCGCAGGGCUCGUCUUCUCAUAGUUUCUGCCUUGGGAGAGGCAUUGCGCUUGCAAUUUUUAGUUUUGAUGUCUGAUUUGUGAGGAAAAGCUGGUUCCGGGGCCAGAUUCGUAGGAAAGGUGAGAUCUUGAUCGAGUCUAGGAGUAAUGGCGCCGUCGUUCCACUGGUGGGGAAAGGACGACUACCGUGGGACGUCGGUGAUCGUGAAGAUGGAGAACCCCAACUGGUCCAUCUCAGAGAUGUCCUCCCCCGACGGCGACGGCAACGAGUACGGUGUCGAUGGCGGCGGUGGGCAGGAGUUAGCGGGAGUGGGGGCGAGGAAGGGCGGCCGCGGGAAGAACGCGAAGCAGUUCACUUGGGUGCUGCUCCUCAAGGCCCACCGUGCCGCCGGGUGUCUCACCUCCCUCGCCUCCGCCGCCGUCGGCCUCGCGUCUGCCGUGCGCCGGCGCGUGGCCGCCGGGCGGACCGACUCCGACGCAGCCUCCUCGCCUCCCGGGGAGAGCCCUGUUCUGCGCACCCGGUUCUAUUCUUGCAUCAAACUCUUCCUCUGGCUCUCGGUACUUCUGCUGGGGUUCGAGGUUGCCGCCUACUUGAAAGGCUGGCAUUUGGGCACCAUCGAGCUGCAGCGUCUGUUGGUUAUGCCUGCUUCCUUCGGCGCUUGGGGUCUCUUUGAGACGUUGUAUGCCGAAUGGGUGCAACUGCGGUCGGAGUACAUCGCGCCGAUUCUCCAGUUCCUGGCCAACACCUGCGUCAUCCUCUUCCUCAUUCAAAGCGCCGACCGCCUCAUCCUCUGCCUCGGCUGCUUCUGGAUCCGCUUCAAGAAGAUCCAACCCGUGCCAAUGCAGGCCGUCGGCAAGGAUCCCGAGUCCGGCGGCGAGGACUUCCCGAUGGUAUUGGUCCAGAUUCCCAUGUGCAACGAGAAGGAGGUGUACCAGCAAUCGAUUGCCGCAGUGUGUAAUUUGGAUUGGCCGAGAUCCAACAUUCUAAUUCAGGUAUUGGAUGAUUCUGAUGACCCGACGACACGAACAAUGAUCGAGGAGGAGGUGGAGAAGUGGCAGCAGAAUGGCGCCCGCAUUGUGUACCGCCACCGGGUUCUCCGAGAAGGUUACAAGGCUGGAAAUCUCAAGUCGGCCAUGAAUUGUGGCUACGUGAAGGAUUACGAGUUCGUCGCCAUCUUCGAUGCUGAUUUCCAGCCGUCUCCGGACUUCUUGAAGCGGACCAUUCCUCACUUCAACGAGAACGAGGAGCUGGGGCUGGUGCAGGCGAGAUGGGCUUUCGUGAACAAAGGCGAGAACUUGCUGACCCGGCUGCAGAACAUCAACUUGUGCUUCCACUUCGAGGUGGAACAGCAGGUGAACGGAGUGUACCUCAACUUCUUCGGCUUUAAUGGGACUGCUGGAGUUUGGAGAAUCAAGGCACUUGAGGAUGUCGGAGGGUGGCUGGAGAGAACCACGGUGGAGGAUAUGGACAUUGCAGUCCGAGCUCACCUGAAGGGAUGGAAGUUCAUUUUCCUCAAUGAUGUGGAGUGCCUGUGUGAAUUGCCCGAGUCGUAUGAAGCUUACAGGAAGCAGCAACAUCGGUGGCAUUCUGGCCCAAUGCAGUUAUUUAGACUCUGCUUGCCCGACAUUUUACGAUCCAAGAUUGGGUUUUGGAAGAAAUCGAACUUGAUACUUCUGUUCUUCCUUCUCCGCAAACUAAUACUGCCUUUCUACUCUUUCACCUUGUUCUGCAUCAUCCUCCCCAUGACCAUGUUCAUCCCAGAGGCUGAGCUCCCUGCAUGGGUGGUGUGCUAUGUUCCCGCGACCAUGUCCUUCCUCAGCAUCCUGCCUGCACCAAGAUCUUUCCCAUUCAUCGUCCCAUAUCUCCUCUUCGAGAACACCAUGUCUGUGACCAAGUUCAGUGCCAUGAUCUCAGGCCUAUUCCAGCUCGGGAGUGCCUAUGAAUGGGUUGUCACUAAGAAAUCAGGCCGGUCAUCCGAGGGCGAUCUCUUUUCUCUAGUCAAGAAGGAGCCUAAGCAGCAAAGAGUGGCCUCAGUGCCCGAUCUUGAAACUGUUGCAAAGGUGGAGUCCCAGCUGAAAAAGGAGUCUAAGCAGAAGCAUAACAGAAUCUACCGGAAGGAACUUGCACUUGCAUUUCUUCUGCUGACUGCUUCACUUCGGAGCUUGCUCUCGGCCCAGGGUAUACACUUCUACUUCCUCCUCUUUCAGGGUAUCUCAUUCCUCUUGGUAGGUCUUGACCUGAUCGGCGAGCAGAUUGAGUGAAAAGGUAAGAGGAGAAUCUACAUGAGAACUGGGUUGCUACUGAACAUGAUCACAAUUAGGGGAAGGAUUUAUCAGUUUAAUGACAUCCCAAGAUCGUUUUGCAGAGGUGUCUGAUAGUCACAAUUGCAGCCUGCUGCAUUCAUCAUUCUUUCAGGUCCUAUUCUUUUGUAUGAUUUCACUUAUAGUAUAGCAGUUUAUUUUGAUUGUUUGAAUAUCAGAUAUUAAAAAAACUAACAUUUUUAUUGUAAUUUCUGUGAAAUUCCUCGAAGAAAUAUUGGCACUAACAAUGAGAUUUAAGGCCAGCAACCAAAAGAAGUUCUAAUACAGAGAUAAGUAAUAUUUCUUGAUCAG